ACAGGGCUGAGCUCCUCACGUACAAGUCAGUUAUGACAGACUGCGAAAGCCCAAAGAAAUAAGGACAUUCUGGAGAUUUCACAAAUCACAUUCUCCAUGGCCAGGGGCGGACUGACAACUCAUGGGGCCCCCGGGCAAUAGGGGAUCAUGGGGCCCCUGUGUCCUCACCCACACUCAAACCACACCCAAAAAAGCCUAUGAAAGGUACCAAGGAGCAUCUCGUGGGGCCCCCUACUGACCCCUACUGGCAGUGCCCAAGUUCCCAAAUGGUCAGUCCGCCCCUG